GAAGGCCAAAAAGACUUUCUCCUAAAAAAUGUCGUCACUUUAGAAAACUUGUUUCAGCAAACAAAUUUUCUACAUAUACCGAACUGGCAAAUAUUUUAAACGAGAAGUAUACCAACCUUGAUAUAAGCAAAAGAACU